UUUGUAAGCAAACAUUUUCGCAUCCGCAAGUCAAUUUCUUGAAUCUCGAACGAAAUUUGUGAAUCAUUCUCUAGAAGAAGAAGAGCAAAGAAGAUAAGCCAAGGAUGGACACGUUCUCGUCAUUCUUCCAAUCACAGUCGGCUUCUCGCCGUGGUUGGAGUUAUGAUUCUCUCAAGAAUCUUCGCCACAUCUCACCCUCCGUUCAAAAUCAUCUCAAACAGGUAUAUCUCUCUUUGUGUUGUGCUCUGAUUGCGUCAGCAGCUGGAGUUUAUCUACACAUUCUUUGGAACAUUGGAGGGUUUCUUACAACCCUAGGUUGCGUUGGGAGCAUUAUUUGGCUGCAUUCGACCCCUUCUAAUGAUGAGAAAAAGAAGGUCUCACUCCUGAUGGCAGCCGCCCUAUUUGAAGGGGCUUCCAUUGGUCCUCUGAUUGAAUUGGCAAUUGAAAUUGAUCCAGGCAUGUUGAUAAGUGCAUUUGUGGGAUGUGCUGUGGCAUUUGGUUGUUUCUCAAUGGCAGCUAUGUUGGCAAGGCGUAGAGAGUACCUUUACUUGGGAGGACUUCUCUCAUCAUGCAUUUCCAUCCUGUUCUGGUUGCAGUUUGCAUCCUCAAUUUUUGGGGGUUCAUCUGCAAUUUUCAAGUUUGAGCUGUAUUUUGGGCUUUUGGUGUUUGUGGGCUACAUAGUUGUAGAUACACAGGAAAUAAUUGAGAAGGCACACUUUGGAGAUCUCGACUAUGUAAAGCACGCUUUGACACUUUUCACUGAUUUCGUUGCGGUUUUUGUUCGAAUCCUUUUAAUUAUGAUCAAGAACUCUGAGAACAAUGAGAGGAGGAAGAAGAAGAAGAAGAGGGGAGACUGAAUAAUUGUGUCUUGAUUCUAGUUAAUGUGGUUCUAACUGGAGAAAACCAGGUGAUGAUAUUAUAUACUUUGUUUGAUGAUGUGUUGUUUUUCUAGUAGAUUCAACUUUUAUUCACAAAAUCUGAAUUCCAUCUUCCUUUAGAAACACUUUUAUAUCUGAAACUGACUUUGAAAUUGCCAAUUAAUAUGUGUAUGUUUUAAGGUGUGGGA